GGGAAACACUACCAAGAUGUCCGACACAGAGCAGGAGUGGAAACCCAACCCUCGCCGCCCACAGUCCACCAUGGCUCAGGCUUUUUCUCUAGCACUUGACAGUGCUUUUAUGCUCGAUAACGAAGUCAAUGACCUGACACAGUCUAUUGAACUCAAGAAACAGCGCAUGACCAUUCAGACACGUGAGCUUGAGGCCCUCCAAGCGCGAAUUCGCGAAGCUGAAGAGCUUCUUCAGCGAGAGCAGGCCGCAAAGGACGCUGCGGCCGAGAACGGCGAUAAUACUCUCCACGGCACUGGCUCAGCACAACAAGAAGGCCGAGGUGAGAGUGACCUGGCCCGGGCUCUUUCUCCCACAUCAUCGACUCUCUCGGAUGAGCACCAGUCUGAUGAAGGUGCUACAGAUUCUGACACUUCGGCAGCCACUUCCCACGACAUGGAUGACCAAGAGGACACCGACAAAGGCAAGCCACAUGCCUCUUAGUCGUCUUUCAGGCCAUAAGGCAUGCGAUUAGUGUUUUUUUUUUUUUUUGUUUGUUUGAUGUUGAGCAUGAUUUUCAAGUGACAAGGCCACUCCUAAUUGAGUCGGUGCUUUUUUACUUCGACAACGACCACCUAUUCGUUUUAUCUUUUCCUAAUAUUCUUCCGGAUAUACUUUAUCAUGUUAUUUCCCGACGUUUUUACAUGGCGCAGGAGCUCAGGAGUCGGGCAGGCCCUCUCGUUGUUUAUCAUUUGCAUGUUUGUCUUUUAGCCGGGCCAAGAGACAUUCGUUUGAUCUCCUAUGUUAUUCCUAGUUAUUGUUACGUGCCCGUUGAUACCAUAUAAUACAUGUUUAAUCUUCUUUCCC